AAAAAAUUAUGAGUACAUUUUGACAGCACAGCAAUUUGGACUAGAUUGUUGUGAAUUCUGUCUAGUCUAUUUAAUUAAAUUUGGGUGCUAGACAAGUUUGUGUGAAAGUGUUAGAAAUUCAUGUGUGAAUUUUUUCUACAAUUACUAAUUAGUAGAAAUAGCAUUCGAAAAUUAUAUAAUUUGCAAAUAAAGAGUUCUUACGCUGUGUUGAAUGAAUCAAAGUGUAAUUGUGCUAUUUGCUGAAGAUAAAAAAUCAAUAGUUAUGGGCAAUGCAAAGUGAAAAAAGCGAAGAAGAAGAUUCUUAGUAAAUUGUGAAAUGUAAAAAUUCUAGUGAGCAGUACCUUCUAGUUUUCCAAUUUAUCAACAAUCAUAUUUGUAAUUUAUUAACAAAUACUAAGCACAACUAUCAUUCGCUGUAACCUCGCAAAAUUGCCCAUUCCAUACUUUGCAUGUGAAUGCUUUUGACAUUACCAAUUCCAUAUAGAUUUUUUUUAAUCUUACUGAGAAAACACAUGAAUAACUACGCUAAGUGAUAAAUGAUUUGUUAGUACAUAUCGAUAGAAGCAUCAUGUCCUACACAGAACUCGAAUCAGGAUACCAGGACUUAAGGCAGUCGUCGCAACAGGCUCAAACCCAGUCAUUUUCAAAUGAACGCAGCUCACGACCUGGAUUUUUUGUUGGCAGUGAUGGCAAUUGUGAACUUGCCGCAACAAAAUAAAUAAACAAAAAUACAAUUAUAACUCACAAAAAUAUAAAGAAAAACAGUGAAUGUAAAAAAGUAGCUCACAAAACACGAUGGGCAACAGUUUUGAAAAAUUUGUGUUCACCGGAAGCAAUCCUGUUCACAUUUGGGAUCGCCAUCGUCAUCGUACCAUGCCAGCGCAACAAACCCAACAUCAACAAUGUGGUGGUGAACGAAAUGCCUUUCGUCAACAACAUACAGUCAACUCACAGACGGGAAAGGUAGCAGCAUGUGGAUGCACAACGAAAACCCUGCCUCAUGGCAAUUCGACGCCUAACCUUGGUGAUGUUGCCUCCACUGUACAGCCAUUGGAUAUUCGUUCCUCCUCCUACACUUACGGGGUGAAUCUAAGAGCUCUCACAAGUUUCUUUAAUUUUCUUUCCUUUAUGUUACACUUUUAAUAACUUACGCUCUACAAUUGGACCACUGUGUCUGCUCGAAUCUGAAUGCGCUGCAUGUGUUUGGUAUUUGUAAUGUUGGCAUGUUACUCAUACGCCGCGUCGUGUCGACCUGCAGUGCAUGACGCAGCUUUAUUUAUUUUAGUUAUUCCGGUUUCCUGUUUGUGUUGACAUUUACAAAACUAACAAUUAUAUUUUUAAGU